AUGUCCGCUUCCCGUACAGUCAUUUGUCUGCUGAGGAACGAUCUGCGGCUGCAUGAUAACGAGGUGUUUCACUGGGCUCAGAGGAAUGCAGAGCACAUAAUACCGCUGUACUGCUUCGACCCGCGCCAUUACCAGGGCACAUAUCACUACAACUUCCCCAAAACUGGCCCCUUCCGGCUGCGCUUCCUCCUAGACAGUGUAAAAGACCUGAGGGCCUUGCUGAAGAAACACGGCAGUACACUGUUGGUCAGACAGGGAAAGCCGGAGGAUGUUGUCUGUGAAUUGAUUAAGCAGCUGGGUUCAGUCUCUACUGUGGCGUUUCAUGAAGAGGUGGCGUCAGAGGAGAAGAGUGUGGAGGAGAAGCUGAAAGAAAUCUGCUGCCAAAACAAAGUCAGAGUUCAGACCUUCUGGGGAUCCACACUUUACCACAGAGAUGAUCUGCCAUUCAGUCACAUUGGAGGGUUACCUGAUGUUUACACACAGUUCAGAAAGGCAGUGGAGGCUCAGGGACGAGUGCGACCGGUGCUUUCCACUCCAGAACAGGUGAAAUCCCCCCCUUCUGGACUGGAGGAGGGUCCCAUUCCUACAUUUGACAGCCUAGGACAGACAGAGCCAUUGGACGACUGUCGUUCUGCCUUCCCGUGCCGUGGUGGAGAAACUGAGGCUCUUGCUAGACUGAAGCAUUAUUUCUGGGAUACAAAUGCAGUUGCAACUUAUAAAGAGACCCGGAAUGGAAUGAUUGGAGUGGACUUUUCCACAAAGUUUUCUCCUUGGCUCGCAUUGGGCUGCAUCUCACCCAGAUACAUUUAUGAGCAGAUUAAAAAGUACGAAGUCGAACGAACCGCCAACCAAAGCACCUACUGGGUGAUAUUUGAACUUCUGUGGAGAGAUUACUUUAAGUUUGUGGCUUUGAAAUACGGAAACCGAAUCUUUUAUAUGAACGGUCUGCAAGACAAGCAUGUGCCAUGGAAUACAGAUAUGAAGAUGUUUGAUGCAUGGAAAGAGGGAAGAACUGGCGUGCCAUUUGUAGAUGCCAACAUGAGAGAGCUCGCGCUCACUGGAUUUAUGUCCAACAGAGGACGUCAAAAUGUGGCCAGCUUUCUGACCAAAGACCUGGGCUUGGACUGGAGACUUGGCGCCGAAUGGUUUGAAUACCUGCUGGUGGAUCAUGACGUCUGCAGCAACUAUGGAAACUGGCUGUACAGCGCAGGAAUAGGAAACGACCCAAGAGAAAACAGGAAGUUUAAUAUGAUCAAACAAGGACUGGAUUAUGACAAUAAUGGCGACUAUGUCCGUCAGUGGGUUCCUGAGCUUCGAGGUAUUAAAGGUGGAGAUGUUCACACACCAUGGACCCUCAGCAACUCAGCGCUGUCACACGCACAGGUCUCACUCAACCAAACAUACCCUUGUCCCAUCAUCACCGCACCCGAGUGGAGUCGACACGUCAAUAACAAAUCAUCUGGCUCGUCAUCAUCUAAAGGAAGAAAGGGUUCAUCUUACACAGCAAGACAACACAAAGACAGAGGCAUUGACUUCUACUUCUCCAAGAACAAACAUUUUUGAGGAGAAGAUGAGGUGAAAUUGCACUUUUACUCAAGUGACACUGCAGCAUCUGCUCAGGCCACAGUUUACAUUGCUGAAUGAGGAAGAGGAAAUCGAAAAACAGUGUGGUUUUAUGUUGCUCUUUCUGAAUCUGUUUUCAUACACAUACAGAAAUGGCUACUUGCUUUCUUUUUUUUGUUCUUACAAAAACUGUUACUCUAUUUUUCAUGUAUUUAUUUGUAUUGCAUUAAGUUCAGUAUGACAGUUUUAGUGGUAGUAUCCCUUAAGAUGUCCUUGUUUAGUACAAAAGUAAGAUCAUUUAUAAUCAUUUUUCAUUAUGCUCUACCUAAAAAUAAAACCGUUGGGAUUUUGUUGGA